ACAUGGCCAUGGCGUGGGUAUUUAAAGCAACUCCAUGUCCAACCUCCAAGGUCCCCGAUUCUCCACUCCUCCAUUCCCAAGCAAAAGCCACCCAUCAUUUAUAUCACCAAAUCAAAUCAAAUCUGCCAUGACAUACAUGCACAUAUAAUUCAGUAUAACUAGCACAGCAUGCAUUAACUCAACUACUCACUCACUUACUCUCAUCAACCUCGUACGUCAACCAAACCAAACCUACCUAGUCCUCAGUCCUCACAAAAGAAACUAAUGGCCAAAACAAAACUAACCUUAUUAAUAAUCUCCUUCUUCACCACUUUUUCUGUUGUUUGUCUCUCCUCCCCCGCGGAUUUUUUCCUCUAUGGCGGGUGCACGCAGCAGCGUUACACCUCGAACUCGCCCUACGAGUCUAACCUGAACUCGCUCCUGACCUCGCUGGUGAACUCGGCCACCUACUCUUCCUACAACAACCUCACCGUGGUGGGGUCCAGCCAGAGCGACGCCGUCUACGGCCUCUACCAGUGCCGCGGCGACCUCGCCAUGCCUGACUGCGCCGCCUGCGUCUCCCGUGCCGUCUCCCGCGCCGGGCAGCUCUGCCCAGCAACGUGCGGCGGCGCGGUCCAGCUGGACGGCUGCUUCAUCAAGUACGACAAUGUCACAUUCCUGGGUGUGGAGGACAAGACCGUCGUGCUGAAGCGGUGUGGGCCCUCGGUGGGAUUCGGGCCGGUCGGGUCGGGUGAGAGGGAUGCGGUGAUGGGCGGGUUGGCCGGUUCGGGCGGGUAUUUCCGGGUCGGCGGGUCGGGUGAUGUGAAGGGUGUGGCGCAGUGUUGUGGGGAUUUGAGUUUCGCCGAGUGUCAGGAUUGUGUGGGGGAUGCGAUCCGACGGCUGAGGAGUGAGUGUGCUGCUGCGGAUUAUGGGGAUGUGUUCUUGGGGAAGUGUUACGCUAGAUUCUCCACCAAUGGUGCACAUGCUUACAAUUACAACAAGGCCCAUGCAGGAAAAUCGGGCAAUGAAGGUGAGAAGACAUUUGCAAUAAUUGUUGGAUUAUUAGCAGGAGUAGCUAUACUCAUUAUUUUCCUUGCUUUCCUGAGAAGGAUUUGUGAGGGACACGGUAAAUAAAUUAAUUUAAGCUUGUUAAAAUCAGUGGCACCGCAUGGCACAGCCGCUGAUCAAUUCUCAGCAUUAAUUCUAAAUGGUUUGCUUUUGGGACCUCUUUUGCUUUCCUAUUAUUUUUUAUUAUCUUCACAACGUCUUUUUCUUUUUUCUUUUUGCCUCUUUCUUUAUCCUUCCCUUUAUUACAAACUUCAAUUCAAAAGAGGACCUUGAUGAGGAUAUCAUAUGGGAAAAUAGUACACCAUGGGACACAGUUGAAUUCAUAAGGCAAAAGCGAAAAGGAACAAAAGAGAGUUAAAAGAUUCUGUUUUCCUCAAUCCUCCCCACUUAACAAGUUGCAUUGUCUCACCCCCUUUGCAAACAAUUACUUAUAUCAUUAUUUGUUUUAUUUUUUUUUAAAGUUGUAUUAUAAGAUUUCCCACUUUGUUAUCGUUAGUAUUAUAGUAUAUGCGGCCAUGAACUUUUGGUUGGGUAUAUCUAAUAUAAAAGAUUUUUCGUGUUAUGC